ACACUGUUGCAUAUAUUAAUCUAAUGCCUCAAAAUAACAGACAGCUCUAGUCUAAAUAUAUAUGAAGGUGCAAGAAGUGAAUGCGAUAUGGUCGAAUUACAUGGCUGCAAUCGAAAAAGAUGACUGUGACCGACCGGCGCUCGUUCAGUCCAGUACCGCAUACCGCCAUCGCAUCCGUGACCGCAUUUUUCUCGGCUUGCAUAACAUAUCGCGUGACUUACUAGGUUAGUAACGUGAGGGAACGGACAGCAGAAGGCGGUGUUGAUGAUGGUAGGAGGAGAUUGCGCGUCGUCGUCUUCCGCGUUUCCCCGGAUUUCAACCACUGUCCUGAUUCCAUCGUGUCCUCUCCUUGCACGUUUUUACGCUCAGCCCACCCUCCCAAUUGAGUUAGUUGUAAAGAAAAAAAUUAAAUCAAUUAUACAGGCCUCGCCGUCUCUCCCCCCCCCCUCCGCCUUCACCUCUCCUCUUUCUCUCCCCCCUUUGCAAAUAACUACCACCGCCUUCGUUCUCCACAUGCAGCAUCGGCGUCCUGGGCCCCGGCGUACCGGCUCCAGCCAUGUCGGCGAGGAAUACAGCGGCUGGCGGCGGUGACAGAGCGACGGGGGAAAAGACAGGAGACGCAUUAGAGGAAGAACCCCAGGGCCUCUCUGUCUCUCUGUCUGGUUUGAUGACCCCCACCUCAGCCACCGGCAUGGCCUCGGGCAUGGAGCUGCCCAGGAAACGGAAAGGCAGCAUGGACACCCCGGAAACAAAAUCUGCAUCAAAUCUAGAGGAGGAUAUGGAGGACGAUCAGGGAAGAUCGGAAGGAGAUGACCAGCACUUAAAGAUUAAGUGUAUCAGAGAACCUCAUAGUCAGAUCGAGAAACGACGGCGAGAUAAGAUGAAUAACUUGAUUGACGAGUUGGCAGCGAUGAUUCCAACCUGUAACCCAAUGUCCCGCAAGCUUGACAAACUUACUGUGUUACGAAUGGCUGUCCAGCACCUCAAAUCACUCAAAGGAGCGACCAGCUCUUUUGCAGAAGCCAAUUACAAACCUGCAUUCCUCCCAGAUGAUGAGCUCAAACACCUUGUCCUAAGGGCUGCGGAUGGAUUUCUCUUUGUGGUUGGCUGUGAUCGUGGGAAAAUAGUCUUUGUCUCAGAAUCGGUUUCAAAAAUCCUGAACUACAGUCGGACGGAGUUAAUUGGACAGAGCCUGUUUGAUUAUGUUCAUCCAAAGGACAUUGGUAAAGUGAAGGAACAGCUGUCUGCCUCUGAACUCUACCCGCGGGAGCGCCUCAUAGACGCCAAAACGGGAUUGCAGGUGCAGGCUGAGCUCCCUGUCGGAGCGGCUCGGCUUUGCUCUGGAGCCCGACGCUCUUUCUUCUGCCGAAUGAAGUACAACAAAGUGACCGUCAAAGAGGAGAAGGACUUCCAGGCUGGGGCCUCAAAAAAGAAAGAGUCACAGCGGUACUGCACCGUGCACUGCACGGGCUACAUGCGCACCUGGCCCACGCGCCAGCUGGGCACGGAGGGGGAGGCCGAGGCGGAUAAAGAGAGCUCCCACUUCAGUUGCCUAGUAGCGGUGGGUCGCGUGCACCCUCACGCCCUUCCGCAAGCCAACGGAGAGAUCAAGGUCAAACCCACUGAAUUUGUCACCCGCUACGCCAUGGAUGGCAAAUUCACCUUUGUGGAUCAACGAGCCACCACCAUUCUGGGUUACUUACCCCAGGAGCUGCUAGGCACAUCCUGCUAUGAAUACUUCCAUCUGGACGACCUGCCUCAUUUGGCAGAUAGACACCGAAAAGUGCUGAGAAGUAAAGAGAAGAUUGAGACAAACUGCUAUAAGUUUAAAACGAAAUACGGCUCUUUCGUCACCUUACAAAGUCAGUGGUUUAGUUUUAUAAAUCCCUGGACCAAAGAAGUAGAAUACAUAGUGUCAACCAACACAGUUAUAUCCGGUAAAAGUAAUCCAGGUGGAUCAGGGGAUAAAGCCGAGCAGCCAAGCAGUUCCAAGGCCUCGGAGGAUGAUGCCAAGAAGUCCCAACAAGUUCCAAUCAUCCCAGGGAUCUCCAGUGCAUCAGGCAUGAUUUACGCUGGGUGCAUAGGGACCCAAAUUGCUAAUGAGAUAAUGGACUAUAAUAGGAUGAACUCCUCACCAUCCAGCGGCAAUACAAGUCCAUUCAGUUUACUGCAGGACAAGUCUCCACUGGCCCUGGCGCAGGCCAGCAGCAACGUGCCAAAUGGGGAAGCGACAGAUGUGGAGAUGCCUGGCAAAUCAAGCUCGGAGGAGGAAGCGAGGGGUGGAACCUUCACAGCGGGUGAAAAUCUGAUGGAGGGGAGCUCUCAGUUGGAUCUGGAGGGGGUUCCUGGGUUGGGCGCUCUGAGCACUGACGAGGCAGCCAUGGCAGUCAUUAUGAGCUUACUGGAGACAGAUGCCAACCUGGGUGAGGCCGUGGACUUUGACGAGAUGCACUGGUCUCUGUGAACACAGCUCCUUUUUUUUUUUUUUUUUUUAAGACCCGUCUUAUCUGGAGCUUUUUAAAAUGAACCAUUCAUUCAUGGGGCAGCAAGCCUUUGACAAUUCUAUGACUUUUACGUUUUUAAUUUAUUAGUGUUUUUUAAUGCGUCUGGACAAGCUGCAUGGUAAUGCAGGUAAUCUGAUGGCUGGUGAAGGAGAACCGAAGGGGACGAGGGGGGCUCUCGGAGCACCUCAAGCUGAGUACCUUAAGCAACAGGACCAGGUUUUAUGUGGUCUAGUGUGCAUUUCUUCACCUUGGCUCUGACAUCACGUCUGCCCCAAGGCAUGGAUCAGAACAGAGAGACGUUCUUGGCCUGUUUUGCCAUGUUGAGAAACACAUGCCUCAGCCAAGCCAUAAGGCAAGAACCCAAAUAGUCCACUGUGAUCCAGUGGCGUAAGGAUUUCAAAACGGUUUCCUUAGUCAAUCAACACUUGAACUGAUGCUUUGAGGCAAAGCUGGACUGAUUUUUUUAUAAAAACAUCAUUGGAUUCCUAUGGCAAGGGAAGCCUGGUAGUUAUUUUACCCUUUUAGAGCAGAUACCGUCUUGAAUUUAAUGUUUUUUUUUGAUGAACAAGAGUGGAACAACGGGGAGGGGUAUUGGUAAGCUCUUAUGGUCAUUUGUCAAACAGAACUACUUGAAAAGACUGUGGAAAAACCAGACAAUUGAGGAUCACCAUUAGGCCUGACAUUUGUUUUUUCCUCUCUAGUCUACAAACCUGUGUGUGAAUGUGUACUUUUCCCUCAGACCUUCGCCUGUCCUGCCAGGGCUAUGCUUCUCUUGAAACAGGGCCGUCAUAAAAAAUUUACAGGGCCUGGGGACAACGUUUUUACUGAUUGUGUGGGCACAUUGUGUAAGCUGUAUUAUAGAGGACCUGGGACAAUGUUCUUGCUUGUUGCCCCCUUAGUUAGAUGUAUUAGACCUGCUGUUCUGAAACAUUGUCUGGAUGGAGAUCAGCAACAGGUAAAAUGGUGAGUGGAAACUAAUAAGGGCAGGGUCUCUCAGGGAACAAUUUAUGGAAACCCCUUCUCAAAAUCCUGUUCAGGGCUUCAUUCUUUCAUUAGUUCUUCUCUCAGUUUUGUGCAAAGAGUAUAACAUGCUUAUGUGAUUAACACUUAGAAGGUGAUUUGUUGUUUAAAAAUCUGUAUUUUGUAAUUGUAUCCUAUAAUUAAUAACUUAAUCUCUACAUAACUUAAAAAUAUGAACAAAAUAACGUAUCCACCUUUUUCCUGAACGCGGAAGUCUCGCCUGACAGGAACUAUCAUGCUUUACAUUUCCGGUCUCUGGUGUUUAUAGUCAAAUAACGUAUUUUCCGAGUCUGUAACACAACGUUAAACCUGCAGAAGUGGUUUUAAAAACAUGGCGCCAUACUUUUAUCACUUAACAGUGUAGCAGUGACAGUGGUUUUGCAGUAACUCACCUGUCAUAGUUUAAUGAGUUGUUUUAACAUUAUUCUAUUAUUUAACACACAGUAUAUUAACUUAAGCGCUUUGAACUGCUCAUUUUAUUUUGUCAUCGUUUUAUUCAGAUUUGCUAGUACGCAAAACAAGUACUUCACAGGAAUUCUUUAAGCUUAUUUCUGUUACAGCGGAAGCCAACAGCAGCACAACUUAACCCUACGCACAUUUAUAUAUUUGUUUAAACGUUAUAUUGGAAAAAAGUUUCGGUUAUAUUAAUAAAGUCGAUCUUUUUAAAACGUUUUAACGUGGAUUUCUACCGAGACCUGAACGCGAGAGCACCCAAACGGAAGUUAGAAUCCAUCAUGACGGCGCUCAUCGGUUACUCAGCGAAAAAGGUGGAUAAUUAGAGUAACGUUAAACAACAACAACAGAGAUAUGAGGAGAUUCAUCUUCACAUUCUUCCUGCUUCAAGAAGGUAUUUAAUACAAAUCCAACCAUGAAGUCAUGAUGGUAACCCACUUUUAAAGGUAUAACGCACCCUAAUUUCUUUAUCAUUUACUUACCCUCAUGUUUUUCCAAACCUGUAUGACUUUAUUUCGUGAAACACACAUGGAAACGUUUAGAAGCAUGUUUACACUGCUCUUUUCUUUGUAAUGAAAGCCAUUGGUGAACAUUAGUAGGCUUGCAAGCUUCAGUAGGACUGAAAAGCACUAUAGAAGUAAUUCAUAAGACGUGUGUGCUAGUUUUUAAAACGCGUCAUCAAUCGGCCAUAUUGGCGGGACUGAAGGUAAACAAUGACUGAACAAAACUCAUAUUUUGCUGAUUAUUGCGGCUGAAAAUGGUCAAUUAUUGUCAUGUUUUUUUACUAAUUGGUCUGAUUGGGGAAAACAUUUGGAGUACUAUAGUCUGCCAAAAGUUAUAACAAAUCAAGCAGAAGAGUGCAAAAAACUGUCUUGAGGAACAAACUGCAUUUGUGGUUGGCCAAACUGAACUGGGAUUUCCAAGGCAAGAAUUUUGACAACGUUCGUGUUUGUUCUUAUCAUUUCCAGUCAGGCAGCUGAAUUAUUAGGCUAAUAUCUUAAUACUGCUCGUAUGUAUUUUUACCACCUGUUAACUUUAGUUUGUCAAACUAUUGCGCCGUUUCCUGCUUACUAAGUUCUUCUCUAUAUAAUUUUAGCAGCUUCCACACGUUUUUUUCUGUGGUUUAGACAGCAUAAAGUAGCAGAACAACAUAUUCAGUAGUACGUUAACCGUGCAAUCAGUGCUGUUGUUUACAUCUGAGUAUCUCCAAUAUGGCCCCGCAUCUGAGCUGACCAAACGAUGAUGUAAGUGCAAACCCUCUAUUCCAAACCCAACUUGUUUUACCUUAAGGCUAGAAUACACGACAAGACAUUUGCUCUAAUUUUCAGUCUGGAGGAGUCGACGCUAGGUACCGAACAAGUCAAAGCCAGCCUGCAGAUUUUGCAGAAUCACAGAAAAUCACGUUGUAUGUCUAGCUUCAGACUAUGAUUCCAUUCAGUUAGAGGAUGUCAAACUUGUUUUAUAACACACAUCGUUUUCAUUUGUCUCUUAGCAACAAGGCAAAAAAGUUGGCAAGUGUAUGAUGCCUGGUGUUUUAAAAUCUGAUUUUAAAAGUUGUGUAGUGCAUUCAAGUCAUAAGGAAGAAAGAAAAUCAUACAGGUUUUGAGAAAACAAAGCUGGAAUUUUCAUUUUGGGCUGAACUAUUAUUUCAAAUGAGGACGAGAGACCGAAAAGCAUGUUUUUAAUAUUUUUACAUGGUAUUAAUCUUUGAAUAGAUAAAUCAAAAGACAAUGUCCACUGUAGUUUUAAGCCUUUAUUUUCGAAGGGCUACAAUCUCAAAAACACAACACCUCUUUUUGGGCAGAUGAUCUAUCUGAUGCCAUUUCUUGUCAUAAUUCCCUGUUUUGUAUAUUCAAAUUGAGGUCUAAUUGCUUGUGCACAUCCUUGGGAUACUCUCUGUUUUUCUCUUUCUAAAUUUCUCUACCCUGGGUAAUCAUUCACCUCAGUGAAUUCACUUUUCAGCAUGGCUUUGUAUCUAAUUUUGCACAUUUUCUUCCGUAACUUUGCUUCCGUUCGUGUUUUCAUUCAGAUGAUCAGUGUAUUGAACUGCUUUACUGUGACGGUGCACAUGUGCCACAGGAGUCUCAUGGCCUUGCGUGAUGGAAACGGCCGAUUCUGACCGAUUAUACCAAAGCAAUUGACCACAGACAUAUUUCAAGAUCCCUUAACGCUCAGCUGCCCUGUGCUGUCAGAUGUUCUGUAAUUCUGUGACUAUAGUGUGAGCUGCUUUUAAAAGAAAAUGUCUUCAUAUCAUUGUCUACUCUGUCACAUGCUGCCAA